GGCCAGAAAAUUGGACACGCCUGUUAAUAGAAUUUCAAUCUUCUUGGACAAAGAAUAACCACUAGAUAUUGGUGGUUCCUGUAGCUCUUAGGAUUACAGCUGGUAUAUGGUCUAUUAUGUGGAACUUUUAAAACAUACGAACUAGUUUUUUCCUGUGAAGGGUCAAAAAAACAUGAUAAGAUGAUAAUGUUGCUGAUUUUGAGAUAAGAGUAUUCAUUUAGAGAAAAAAGUUUUCAGGAAUUUUCUGUGGUACCUUCCCUAGUCUAAUUUUUCUUGAAAAGUUGCUGCUGGAUACCUUGAUAGAAUUUUAAAUUAACUUGGCAUUUUGCCUCGGCUGCUCUUGCCUAAGUUUAUAGAUGGUUUGAUUGUGAGCUAUGGAUGUGGGGACAAAUGGGUGGAGGACAGUCUGAGAAUUGGUCUGUGUUGGUAGAUGAGUGGAAGUUUCGGUACUUUCCAUCAACAAUUCCUACAUGAUAGUCAGGUUAGGCUUUUUGGUUGCUGCUUCUGUUGCAGCCUAUGCGGUCAGGCAGAUUAAUGUCCAAGCAGGAAAGCCAUCGUCUUCUCUAACCAAGGGUUCAGAAAGGGGAAAUGAUCAACAAGCUUGGAGAGAAGGGAAAGACAAUGAGCAGUCUCCAUAUUCCAAUGAUGGCCUCAAAGAGGUGGUUGUUGACAAGCAGGAGGAGGAAAAGGAGGAAGUUAAGUUGAUCAAUGGCAUCAUAAAUCCUCCUCCAAGCAUUCCAUCCGAUAUUGAAGAUGAGAUUUUGCCUGAAUUUGAAAAUCUUUUAUCUGGAGAAAUUGAUUUUCUAUUACCCAGUGAAAAGUAUGAUACAGCAGCAAGCUCCAAGGCAGAGAGAGACAGAAUCUAUGAAAAUGAAAUGGCAAAUAAUAAUAGUGAGCUGGAACGAUUACUCAACCUAGUUAAAGAAUUAGAGGAGAGGGAGGUGAAGCUUGAAGGUGAAUUGCUGGAGUACUAUGGGCUAAAGGAACAAGAAUCAAAUAUUGCCGAGUUGCAGAAACAACUCAAGAUCAAGACUGUGGAAAUUGACAUGCUGAACAUAACAAUCAACUCUUUGCAGACUGAAAGGAAAAAACUUCAAGAGGAGGUCUCUCAGGGAGCUUCAACUAGAAGAGAGCUAGAGAUUGCUAGAAACAAAAUCAAAGAACUGCAAAAACAAAUUCAACUUGAGACAAACCAGACAAAGGGCCAGCUAUUGCUGCUCAAGCAACAAGUUAGUGGACUUCAGUCAAAAGAAGCAGAAGCCUUCAGAAAAGAUGCUGAAGUUGAGAACAAGCUUAAAGCUCUAAAGGAGUUGGAAGUGGAGGUUAUGGAGCUAAAGAGGAAGAACAAAGAGCUUCAGCAUGAAAAGAGGGAGUUAAUUGUUAAACUGGAUGCUGCAGAAGCCAAAGUAGCAUCCCUUUCUAACAUGACAGAGACUGAAAUGGUUGCGCAGGUGAGAGAGGAGGUCAAUAAUAUGAGGCAAAAAAAUGAAGACCUUCUAAAACAAGUAGAAGGACUUCAAAUGAAUAGGUUCAGUGAAGUCGAAGAGCUAGUGUACCUUCGUUGGGUCAAUGCAUGCUUAAGAUAUGAGCUCCGUAAUUAUCAAACACCCUCUGGGAAAAUAUCAGCUCGUGAUCUCAGUAAGAGUUUAAGCCCAAGAUCACGAGAGAGGGCCAAACGGUUGAUGUUAGAAUAUGCAGAAUCAGAGCGUGGACAAGGGGACACAGACCUUGAAAGCAAUUUUUCUCACCCUUCAUCUCCUGGAAGUGAGGAUUUUGAUAAUACUUCCAUUGACAGCUCAAUGAGUAGGUACAGCAGUCUCAGUAAAAAGCCCAGCUUAAUUCAAAAGCUCAAGAAAUGGGGCAAAAAUAAGGAUGACUCAAGUGCUCUUUCUUCGCCAACAAGAUCUUUAGGAGGCAAAUCUCCAAGCAGGGCCAGUAUGAGCGUCAGACCAAAGGGUCCUCUAGAAGCCUUGAUGCUGAGGAAUGCUGGUGAUAGUGUAGCCAUCACUACUUUUGGGACAGCAGAGCAGGACCCUGAUUCUCCUGAAACUCCUGCGCCCUUGCAAAUUAGAACCCAAGAUGGCUCACUUAAUUCCGUUGUAUCAUCUUUUCAGUUAAUGUCAAAAUCAGUUGAAGGUGUUCUUGAUGAGAAGUAUCCUGCUUACAAAGAUAGGCAUAAACUUGCCUUAGAGAGAGAAAAGAAAAUUAAGGAGAAAGCAGAGCAGGCAAGAGUUGCAAGGUUUGGUGACACUUCAAGUUUCAAGCCAGACAGAACUACGUCAAUUACUUUACCCCCAAAACUUUCUCAUAUAAAAGAGAGAACAUCCAUUUCUGGUGAUUCAAACGAGCAAUCUAAUGAUAGCAAGGAUGAUUCUCAAACAGUAAGCAAAAUGAAAUUAGCUCAUAUUGAGAAGCGAGCUCCAAGAGUCCCCCGUCCACCUCCUAAAGCAUCAUCAGGUGCUCCUGCAGAUUCAAAUAAGAAUGUUCAUACUGGAGGUGCUCCACCUCCUCCACCAGGUGCUCCACCACCUCCACCGCCACCUGGUGGACCACCUCGUCCACCUCCUCCCCCAGGAUCACUUCCUAGAGGAGCAGGAAGUGGAGAUAAAGUUCAUCGUGCUCCAGAAGUUGUUGAGUUCUACCAAUCACUUAUGAAACGUGAGGCAAAGAAAGAAUCGUCACCACUGAUUUCUUCCACAUCAAGCACAUCAGAAGCAAGAAGCAACAUGAUUGGGGAAAUAGAAAACAGAUCAUCAUUCCUGUUAGCUGUAAAAGCUGACGUGGAAACUCAAGGUGAUUUUGUCCAGUCAUUGGCAACUGAAGUCAGAGCAGCCUCAUUUACCAACAUAGAAGAUUUGGUGGCCUUUGUCAAUUGGCUUGAUGAGGAACUAUCCUAUUUGGUUGAUGAGCGAGCAGUUCUGAAGCAUUUUGAUUGGCCAGAAGGGAAAGCAGAUGCUCUGAGAGAGGCAGCCUUUGAAUAUCAGGACCUAGUGAAGCUGGAGAAGCAAGUGUCUACGUUUGUUGAUGAUCCUAAUCUUCCUUGUGAAUCUGCUCUAAAGAAGAUGUACAAAUUACUUGAGAAAGUUGAACAGAGUGUUUAUGCUCUAUUGCGCACAAGGGACAUGGCUAUUUCUCGUUAUAAAGAAUUUGGAAUUCCAGUUGACUGGUUGUCUGAUACUGGAUUGAUUGGCAAGAUAAAGCUCUCAUCGGUGCAAUUGGCACGGAAGUACAUGAAACGUGUAGCAUCAGAGCUUGAUGCUAUGAGCGCACCAGAGAAAGAACCAAACCGAGAAUUUUUAGUUCUACAAGGGGUUCGUUUUGCUUUCCGUGUUCAUCAGUUUGCUGGAGGCUUUGACGCUGAGAGCAUGAAGGCAUUUGAAGAACUGAGAAGCCGUAUUCAGCAGACAGGAGAAGACAAGAAGCCUGAAGCAUGAUAAUCAGCAUCUUUUUCUUUUUUUUUUAAUUCUACUUCUUGAUUUUUCAUCUGUAUACUUUGUCAUUUCUUUAUGAAAAUGUAGAAAAAAAAAAUUGCCUGCAUCGGAUAUUGUGCAACUAGCAGGGCUGUCAAUAGGAAAAGUACUACUAAGAUAGAGCUAGAUCCUAGAGAUGUAAUAUGAGUUAUUUUGAAGUUACUUGAGAAUUUACAGAAGCAAAGGAAUAGAGAUGUUUCAAUUCUAAUUA